AAAUAUUUUGUAAACAUUCAGAGCAUUUCCUUAUCAAAACCAAUAGCAUUUUUGCCAUAUCAAAGCGCAACGGCGGAAAGUAACGUCAGCAACUGUCGUGGUAGCAGUAACGCGGAUUUGAUUCUUUGUACACGCGUCAACCAAAAAGUUUCCACCAUUCCUCAUUCAACGUUUGGUGCUCAUUUUUCGCAGCCUUUCGACGACCCAAGGCAACGUUGGGAUCCAACCAGCGAUCUUUAUUCAGGCACCAUAGCGCACGACAGGAACGUGAAAGCAAGCACCAUUGAGGGAGGCAGCAGCACCGGUGACACCAGCAUCGGCGGCAGCGGUUUACACCUUGCAAUAACGGCUCAUCAAACUGAUAUUGAGCGUUUUCACGACAAUUCGAGUAACCGAGGAGGAGGAGGAGGCGGCGGCGUCAGCUGCGGCGGCCAAUCACCGCCCACACCAACGGUCGGUAAAACCCUUUUAAAUACAAGUCCAAAUCUUUUACCGAUUACUACCGCAUCGGACACUUUCAACAACUUGAAGAAUUUAGUAAAGAUUGAUAAGGGUUCUAAUCCAACGAACGGCAACACCAGUAUUGGUGCUGGUAGCUAUCGUCCGAAAGGGAAUAACGUAGGUGGUUAUAAAAACACCGGGAACCUUGGACAUAGUAUUGGUGGGUCACCAACGUCCGUAGAAGAGCGUGGUAUAAUCUCCAACGGAAGCGGAUCAUCUGGUCCAAGUAUCGGUGUUGGAGGACGAACUGGAGCAGGUAGCGCUUCGGGAUAUAUUGGUACCGCCUUUAAUAGGAACUCCGCCAAAAUUCGACAAUACGAUUCGGACGUAAGCCCACGACCUCGACGAACUUACCAGGGUGACUCGUCGUCGUCGCGUUACUAUAACAAAAAUAGUGACACUUUGGGACAGGGCCCCAAAUCAUCCAUUGGAUCCGGCGGUAACGGCACUCUUAGUGGUGCUGGUAUUGGCCAUGGCAUUGGACGCGCUAUCAUAGGUAACGAAGGUAACAGCGGACGCGGCUCUUACAACGCCGACGGAAGCAACAACAGACGAUACAACAAUCAAGGGUCUACAGAUGGCAGUUAUAAUGGUGGUAAUCGUAAUUUAAGCAAUUCAACCACUGGCGGCGGCAGCAGCUAUCGCCAACAGCAGGGCUCUCGUUACGAAAACGGAAAUGGACAACAGAGGUCAUAUGGUACCGCAUCAAACACUGGGUACAACAACAAUUAUUCAAGCAAGUCGGGUUACGGACCCCGUAACGGUUAUAAUGAUGGAAAUGUAAGCGUAAGAUCAAAUCAUCGGGAAGAUUACGGCAGCAGCAAUAAUUAUCGUGAUUACGACGACACACCACGUUCACGUUACAACACAGGCAAUAAUACAAAUAGUCUAGAACGAGGUAAUAAAGGGCGUUAUAAGGCUUCUGAGCAAGGUAACGGCAACAGUAACAUACCGUCUGCUCUCCGACAAGGCGGUAUUUCAAUAGAGGAUCGUUACGAACGCGCACCGGCUGCCGCUGAAGGCGGUAGAGCCUAUAACAACCGCACACCACCAAUACGCGGCGGAAAUGCAUCAGGAUCAUCUGCAACAACAGGAACCGGACCAGUACCAGGAGCACUCUCAUCAACACCAUCUUCCGUAAAUUCAGCUUCAUCGUCGUCGCGUGGCAUAUCGCCAAAUUCGGCUGGUGCCGCAAUCGGCGCACAACAUCCAACACCAUCUCCCACACCACCACCACCAGCUGCGGGUCGUUGGGUACCACCCUCUUUACGUCCACAGCAUGGACUUACUCAGAGUGAAAAGAAUGAUGCCGUCUUCAGAAAGGUUCGUGGUAUUCUCAACAAAUUGACUCCAGAAAAAUUUCAAGAACUUAGCGAUGAAUUGUUGAAGCUCGAUCUAAACUCAAUUCUCAUUUUGAACGGUGUUAUAUUGUUGAUUUUUGAUAAAGCCCUAGAUGAGCCUAAGUACUCGUCUAUGUAUGCACAGUUGUGCAAGCGUCUAUCAGAAGAGGCCCCAUCUUUCGAAAAGGAUCCAAAUAGUUCGUGCACUUUUCUACGUCUACUGAUCGCUGUUUGCCGUGAUAAAUUCAAUAAUCGCUUAAAACGCGACAACGCCGACGGCGAUAAUAAUAAUCAAUUUAACAAGGUACAUCGACCACAGUCGCAAGUCAAUGUUAGUGAAAAUGACACCGAUGAAGAAGAGCGCCGGCACUUGGCCAAGCAGCGUAUGCUGGGUAAUGUCAAAUUCAUCGGUGAACUCCACAAAUUGGACAUGUUGUCGAAGACUGUGUUGCAUCAGUGCAUCAUGGAGUUGCUCGAUAAGAAGAAGAAACGCUCUGCCAUGCCGCAAGAAAUGUGCGAGGACAUGGAGUGCUUGGCACAGUUGCUCAAGACUUGCGGUAAGAACUUGGAUUCAGAACAGGGCAAAGAGCUGAUGAACCAGUACUUCGAUACUUUGGAACGCCGAUCAAAAUCGACUGACUAUCCGCCACGGAUACGCUUCAUGCUGAAGGAUGUCAUCGAAUUACGUGAAAACAAUUGGAUACCCCGUAAAGUGGCAACCACUGAGGGACCCGUGCCCAUCAAGCAGAUUCGCACUGACGAUGAUACAAUUAUUCGUACGCCGUUCGCACAAAGGAAUCGCGAAAUGCGCAACAACGACCGCGACGGUGAUAGCUGGAUGAAUCGCUUCCACAUAAAUCUUCAGCCGGGUUUCAACGACAUGUUUAGCAGUUUGAGUGUUACAGGAGCAUCGCCUAUCGUUUCACCAUUUGGUACCAGCAACUCAAAUCGACCCUACAAUGGUCGUGAUCGUAAUCAGGGGGGACGAGAUGGCAAUAAUUACAACAAUCGUUACAAUAAGCACAACAACCAAAAUGGUGGUCCCGGUGGAAAUCGUGAAGAGGGACGCGGUGGUGGCCGCAAUGCCCAUAAUAUGGGACGUGAUGCUGAUUCAUCUAACUCAUCACAAUAUGGUAGUGGCGGUGGCAAUCCGCUGUUGAAUAGCAAAGAAUUAGCGCCAAGGUUCAAACGGAAUUUAAUGUCCACAAAUCAAGAUCCAGUCGAGAAUCUCCAGAUGCGACCAGCCGCAAACUCGCUUCUCUUUAAAGCGGCUUCACAAAACCAUAAACUGCCAACGAUGUUGCCAAUAUCUACACCACCAAACAGUGGCGGCAGUAAUUUCGGAAGUGGAGGCUCUAACCGCAGCGGUGGACAAAACAAAGAUCAGCUAUCUAAUACGCAAUACCCGCUUCUUGGUACACCCACUUCUCAUAUUAAUAAUCCAGCUCGUCCUUCAUCGACACCUUCCGCAGAGUACGAUAGUGAAAAAAAUUCUCAACCGGCCAAUUUAGGCUUAAUCAUUGAUAGAGGUCUGAAGACAACUUCUUCUUCUCCAAAUUUCGGUGCAUCGAACGCGGUGAGUGGAGAAAGAGGUAUUAAGGCGGCUGGCGUUGCCGAAAACAAUUCGGAAUUUUUAAGCGUGGCAGAUGCUGCAGAUAAACGCAGCUCGACGUCCGUUGAUCCGCAACAGCUAGUCACUAAGCAAGGGUCUGUGGAGAAAGCUACUGGUGCUGUAACAAACAAACAGAAAAAGGAUAAAGCAUUCAACAAAGAAGAGAUUUUGAAAAAAACAAAUGCAUUCGUUAAGGAUAAGUUCUUCUAUGAAUCUGAAGAGGAAGAGGAUGUAACAAUCACUGAAGACGAACACAAUGACAGUGGUGUGGCCAGCUCCAAUGCUAAUGAUAGCCCUUAUAGCAAGCAAUUUAAUGCGCUAGUAGAAGGUUUCAUGGAUCUGAAAGUGCCUGAAAAAUGCAUGAAAGAUGUUUGCAUUAGUAUCAUUAUGGAUGUGCUUGAAAAGGCCGAGGACAAGUAUUUGGACCGUGUAGUCGCUUUCCUAUCCGCAGUGCACAAGCAAUGCAAUAUCAAAUCCAACAUCAUACUGGAAAUUUUCAAGCAAGUAAUCAAUAAAAUGAAUGAGCGGGAAACUUUGAAUCCACGCAUUGCUACGCAUGUUGCUGGACUAUUAAGCCGAGCCGUCGCCGAUGUGGGUUUACUCAAAUUGACCGAUAUUGCUAAUUACACCGAUAAUGGUCAGCAUUAUCCACUAUUCCUGCUUGUGCUACAGCAGCUGCAUAAGUACAUUGGCAAGGAUGCAUUAGCUGAAAAGUUCCGCGCCAGUAAAAUCGAUUUAAUGAAUAGUUUACCAGAGGUGGAUCGCAAUAAGGCGCGUUUGGCCGAAAUAUUGGACGAUCGCAACUUGGCCUUCUUGUAUCCGCUACUCAAAGUGCAGGCAGAGAUGUGGAAGCAAUUGACUAGUGAUCCAAAUCCCGCAGCUUUCUACAAAUGGAUUAAGAGCAACGUGGAUGCCAAGUUCUACAAAGAUGCUGGCUUUAUAAAUGCACUCAUGACAGUGUUGGUGAAAUUUAUCACAAAAGAAACCACUUUGGCCGAAGAUGCCGACAUUAAAAAACAUCCCGAUCGUGCGACCAUUGAGAAGGAGGAAUCACUGCUACUUAAGUAUUGCCAAAUUUUGCAGACAUUCCUAGGUGGCAGCAACGAGCUGCAAUUAAUCGCUAUCCAUGCACUACAAGUUUUCUGCUACAAUGAAAAUUUCCCAAAAGGUAUGCUCUGCCGCUGGUUCAAAUAUCUCUAUGAGGCGGAAGUUAUCGAAGAGGAGACCUUCAUACUGUGGAAAGAGGAAAUAUCAGACAAAUACCCUGGAAAGGGGACUGCAUUAUUCCAAGUUAACAACUGGCUGACUUGGUUGCAAGAGGCCGAAUCAGAGGAUGACGAUGACUGAAUUUAGCAAAUCCAUUCGCGCAUUAAACAAAAAUAUAUAUAUAAACACUAAUUAAUAACCUCUUAAACUGAUAGAUAACACACCGAAAAACAAAAAAAAAUAUUAAACAGUAUAAAGAAAAUAUAAAAAAACCAAACGAAAUGAAUAAAGCGUUGAAUAGUUCGUUUAGCACAUUCUGAAAACUAACACAAUUCCAAAUACAAAUCAAGUAAAAAAGUGAAGAGAAUGAUGCAUAGAAGCGUCAAGAAAUCGCAUACACGCUAGUUUCAAAAAAUAUAAAUUAAAAUUAAAAAAAUAAAUAUCUAGAAAACUUGAAAAAAAAAAUUAAAUAUCAAAGCGACAAAAGAUCAGACUUCUUAAACUGGAGACGAAUGAAACGAAAUGAAUGAUAAUUUUUAAACGUAAAUUUAAAAUACUUAUUCUACUCCAUUUACCCUUAUUUCUCGAUACUGCAACAAUGCAUUAUAUACAAUAUAUAAAAACACAAAAACGUUUAGAUAUUUACCAAUUAAAUUAAUUUUCUUAAACUUGAUCUUCAACGCUCAGUACUUUUUUAGCAAAUUUAUUUCAAUAUCAACUGAAUUCUUCGACUUUAUUUCUUAUUUUUAAACUCAAAGAAAAAACACAAAAAAUGUAAUAAAAAAAUACUAAAUGGUUUAAAUCGUUGAUAAAUAAUUAAUCCUUUCGAUGGAACUUUGAGAGCAGUUGGUUGCGUGGCUAAAUAGGCACCAAAAAAUUAAAUAAUAAUAAAAAGCAAACAAAUCAAUUGUAAUUGAACCAAUCUGCUGCCACUUUUCCCGUUGUGAUCGAUUUAUUAAUGCUUAAAAUGGGCCAACAUACAGGUUACUACGGGCUUGCCAAAUUAGCAUAAAAGUGAUAAAUAUCGUAAAAAGAAUGGCCAGUGUAAAUGAAGUAAUAACAGAUGACAUGAAUGUCAAACUAAUGUUGAGCAAGAAUAUUUAAAAAAGAUUAUCCGAUUUGAACUUUCAAGAAAAAUUUGAAAUAAAGCGAAAUAACAGCUGCCGCAAACAAA